GGAAGGAAGACCGCGGGUGUUCCAGGAUCAGGCGCAGAGAUGGCCGAGGGUAAUCAGUCGCCGCCGAAGGCGGAGGUCGACGACUCGCCGCUUCAACACGCCAUGGAUCGCAACAAGGAAUCGCUGAAGGUGAAGCUUAUGCUGAGGCGACCCAUCAAUCAGCUGGUUGCGCAAGGCAUCAUGCCACCUCUGAAGACACCGCCAGCGUUCCACGAACAACGCAAGCAGUUGGAACGAGCGAAGACCGGGGAUCUGCUGAAGGCGAAGAUCCAGCAGAGACCCGGCAGGGAGGAGCUGGUUAGGCAGCAUAUCCUCGAGGAUGUGGGUCACGUGGACCCGAGCCUGGCCGAAAGGCAACGGAUGCUGAAGAAGGCCAGGUUAGCCGACCAGCUGAACGACCAGCUCAGUCAUCGACCUGGACCGCUCGAGCUCAUCCAAAAGAACAUCCUCCACACGGAGGAGCCCAUUGAAAGGGCGGUCAAAGAGGGCCACAUUCCCUUCAAGGCCACGUGUGAGGGCCAAGUAACCAAGCCCCAGCAUCCCGACCAUUAUAUCACCUUCGAGGACGACUCUCAGAGCUCGGAAGGUGCACCCUCGCCUCAGCUCGAGUCACGAUCGGACGUUCUCGAGACAGCGGCCGCCUCUGCUGGGAUAGUCACAGUUUCCCUUAGUAUUCCAACGACCGGUGGUGCCGUAGUGGUCUCGUCCACGUCGCCGGUCUUCCAACAGGCGUCGAACGAGUCCUCGAUACAGACAUUCGCUGAACUGUGCAACACCGUGGUCGGUUCGCAGCAGCAGCAGCAACAACAGCAACAACAACAACAACAGGCUCAGCAGCAGGUUCAGCACAAUCAGCAACAUGCUUCCACUCAGGCGAGUCAGACGAACGGUCCGUCGACAACCCUCCUUCCACUGGCGCCGGCGCCGAGUCCGAUGUCCUUGGGUUCGACCACGUCCAGCCUGAGUCCCCUUUCCAAUAUCUCGAUAGCGUCGCCACCGGCACCACCGCCGGCCGCCAUCACCCCGAGGCCGCAACCCAGCCCCAUAGCCGCCUCCACGUGUCAGAGGAGCGACGCGCCCGGCAAGGAUAAGAACAGGAAGAAGUCGAAGACCAAGAGUCAGCCGAAGACGCGUACCAUCAAGUUCCACGAGUACAAAGGCCCGCCAAACGCGCAAAAGACCUCGGUGUCGUCGACGACUUCCGGUCUCGGUUCUGCGCCACCCGGCGAGACCAGCUAUGAACUGUUGCUCCAGCAGCAGCAGCUCUUCCUCCAGUGGCAGCUCGAAUGGCAGCACAAGUAUCCUCAGAUCAUUCUACCAGCGGCACAAAAGCCAUUGUCCCUGAACAGCAGCGGCGCCAGCGACGCUGGCAGCAUCAGCGGAAGCAGCGUGAACGCGCCAAGUCCCGCGCCAUCCAAUUCCUCGAACAACCCCUCCGAGCAGCCUCCGUUGAGGCCUCUGGGCAAGUUGGAGGACAUGAAAGUAAGUGAUCUCAAAGUAGAGCUGAAACGUCGAAACUUGCCGGUGUCUGGCUCGAAGCCACAGCUGAUCGAGAGAUUAAAACCGUUCACGGAAUCGUCUAGCGGUAACUCCACGUCUAGCUCGAAUGGACCGCACGUGACGCACAUGGGCCACAUAUUAAUGGACACCCCGGGGCUAGUGACAUCGGACGAGUCUAGCUCCCAUGCCAAGAGCCCUGGCUCAGCCGUCAAGGAUGAGCCUAACAGCCCUCGCACGGAUUCGCCGCAUGGCAGUGAGCACGACGAUCCAUCGAGUCCUCCAGGAGACGACAUAAUCAAAGAGCAGAGGAAACGGAUAGAAGAACUGCAGCGUGAAUUGUACAAGUCUCAGCAACAGCUUCAACAGAUUCGUCAGACUCAGCCAACCACGGUUCACGCUGAGAAGCUCGUGUUGCAGCAGCAUAUUCAGAACAAGAUGCAACAGCAACAGCUGGCGCUGCAUUUGCAGCAGUUGCAACACUUGCAGCAGCAGCAGCAGCAGCAGCAACAACAACAACAGCAGCAGCAGCAGCAGCAGCAACAGAAUCAGCAACAGUCUCAACAGCAGACGCAACAACAACACGCUGCGUUCCAGCAGUUGAAUGCGAAAGCCAGCCUGGCUGCGUUUUUGCAAGCACAGCCGAAUAAUACUACCGCCAUUCUGGACUCUUCGACUUUAACUGCUAUUAACAACAAGAAGAAUCAAACGAAGAACAGCGCGACCGUGCAGAUCCCUGCAGCGAUAGUCUUCAAUCUACCCAAGCCUACGAAGCUGAAUGGCUCGCUGCUGAGUGCUCUUGUGGCGCAGGCGCAGGCACAACAGCAGCAGCAGCAGCAGCAACAACAGCAGCAGCAGCAACAGCAGCAAGCUGCUACCACUGAGGAUGGAAAACCUCCACCGCCUCAGUACGAUGAAGCAGCGAAGCUUUUGAAGGUAAAAAUUGAGCCAGUCCAAAAGAGCCACAUCAAGAGCCAGGUCGUCGACGACGUGCUGGAGAUCCUGAUCAAGAACGGCGAGCUACCACCUAGCGCCGCGCAAGAUCCAGCCACUCCAACGACUCCGAAUAGGCAGCUUCAGCAGAACUUGGUCUUCACAGCUCCAGCGGACAGUCAGACACACUCGUUGGUUUUCACCGCUGCUAGUCCAAUCAGUCCGAUCAGUCCAAUCGCGAUGGAGGUUUCUCAAAGUGAUUGCGUGAGUUCACCAGCUCCAGCGCCACCGCUACCUCCCCCGUUGCCACUGGCGACCUUCUCAAUUCAACUGCCCACCGCGUUACAACAGUUGCAGCAGCAAGAGGAGAUCUCGUCGUUCAGCACGGACUUGUUAACCUCCGAGGGUGAUCUGGACGCGGCGAUGCUUCUCAGCCCGCAGUCUGCUCAGCAGGCGUCGCCUGAUCCUCAGCCUCCUCAGGAAGUGACGUCGUCGGAUAACGCUAAUCUAGACCUAAAGGAACUUGAGUUAGACCUCGAGACCCUAGACACAAUGGACUUCAGCCAGCUAGACUGUGACUUAGGAGUCAAGAUGGAAGCGCCACAAGAGCUGAUGGACAUCGGAGACAUGCCUAUGGACAUGGACGAUCCAGACUGGCUGGAAUCUCUGAUGCCGCAAUCGUCUCCAACCUCUUCCACGACUGUUUCUCAUCAUCAGCCUGCACCACCGACGAGUUUGUCGAGUGGAACGGACAUUUACGAUCCGUUGUUAGCCAGCAGCCAAGAUCCGUUCGAUCUGUUCAACAUGGAGGACUCAGACUUCAAGAUGUCGUCAGAUUUGUCGCUGACAUGGGACAAAGUCGACUUCGCGACCUAGCCCGAGAUUCUACCUCGGAGCUCGGCCCUGUGUACUUAAUCCAGAACGUGUAUGUAGAAACGGGAAACGGAGAAGAUCGAAUCGAAGCACAGAGACGACUUCGGCAGAGCCAAGUGCUUAUCUACACGUGUUGUGAUUAGUCUGUGACUGUUUGGUGCAUUUUUACGAAUCAUUUCGCAGAUACUUGCCUCUAGGACACUAUUUUACUCGAGCGAUUUCGCCCGCUGUGCAACUUCCCCCCCGUGGAAUCAAUCGAGAAGGAGGAAGAUAAAGGAAGGAUAACGAUGAUUACGUACUUACUUACACGCGCGCGCGGAACUUACGCUUUCACGGAGAACAAUUUUAUCGAGCCGGAGGACUUUCGUUUAACGAAGGGAACGGAAAGAGCAAACGG